CUGCUGAACUGCCACGCGAUCCCCGAGGUGAAGGUGACGGCGUGUCUGGUGUGGAAGGACUGGCCCUACCGUGUCCACCCCCACGGGCUGGUGGGCAAGGACUGCAGCAACGGGCUCUGUGAGGUUGUCCUCAAGCCCCAGACCAACCCCAAGCACAGCUUUAGUAACUUGGGCAUCCAGUGUGUGAAGAAGAAGGAGAUCGAGGUGGCCAUCGAGAAGAAGCUGCAGUUGGGCAUCGACCCCUUCAAAGCUGGUUCCCUCAAGAACCAUCAGGAGGUGGAUAUGAACGUGGUGAGGAUUUGCUUCCAGGCCUCCUACAAGGACGGCUCCGGGCAGACGCGGCACCUCAGCCCGGUGCUCUCAGAACCCAUCUUUGACAAGAAGUCCACCAACACCUCGGAGCUGCGGAUCUGCCGGAUGAACAAGGAGAGUGGUCCCUGCACGGGUGGUGAGGAGCUCUACCUGCUCUGUGACAAGGUCCAGAAAGAGGACAUCGCGGUGGUGUUCAGGAAGGAGGCGUGGGAAGCUCGGGCAGAUUUCUCUCAGGCUGAUGUUCACCGUCAGGUCGCCAUCGUCUUCAAGACUCCACCGUACCAGCACCUGGAGCUGGUGGAGCCCGUGGAGGUGGAGGUGUUCCUGCAGCGCCUGACCGACAGCGUCUGCA